ACUCCCCAGUCAGAACCCCUUCCACCCCAAGCCAUGAAAAUGGUCCCAUGGCGACAGCAGACAACAAUGCCCUCCCAUUCUACCCAGCAUUCUGCUUCCAAGCUUCCCCAACCCACUUCACCUGGGUGAAGAUAGCCGCGGUGGAUGUGCUUCGACUAAAAAGACGGGCAGAGUAUCCAGACCAACAAACCUACUUCUACACCAACCACCCCAUCCGCUUCAUCUCCCUCGUGGGCAUAAUCAUCGCCUGCCACGAUCUCCCCACCCGAACAAUCCUCACCCUGGAUGAUAGUACCGGCGCAACGCUCGAUAUUGUUGUUAUCAAAGGCCCUGAGCCUAGCACCUCCACCACUGUCACCACCACCACCACCACCACCAGCAGCCCCGCCACACACAUCUCCCCAACCACCCAGACCCCAAUCGACAUCACCCCGCUGGUACCAGGAACGCUCACGCACGUAAAAGGAACAAUCUCGACGUUCCGCAACACCAACCAACUGCAGCUGGAACGGUAUUUUCUGAUCCGGGACACGAAUGCGGAGAUGCGGUUUGUGGAGCAGCGGUCGCGGUUUUUGGUCGAGGUGUUGUCGGUGCCGUGGCGGUUGGGAGGGGAUGAGGUGGAGAGGUUACGGGGGGAGAUGGAGGAGGAGGAGGAACGGGUGGAGGAGGAGCAGGAGCGGGUGAGGAGGAGGGAGAGGAGACGGGUGGAGAGGGAGGAGAGGGAUGCGAGGAGGAUUCAGAAGGGGUGGGAGUGGGAGGAGAGGGUUAGGGCGAAGGAGGCGGGAAGGUGUCGGGAGAAUGGGGUGAGGGUUAUGAGGGAGAUUGAGAAGAGGAGAGGGGAGGGGGUUGAUUUGAGUAUUGGGGGUGGUGAUGGUAUUCCCGAAAGGUAA